AUGAUGCUCAACUCAGACACCAUGGAGCUGGACCUGCCUCCCACCCACUCGGAGACCGAGUCAGGCUUCAGUGACUGUGGGGGCGGGGCGGGCCCCAACGGGGCUGGGCCCGGGGGCCCCGGAGGGGGCCAGACUCGGGGUUUCGAGCCGGGAGAGACUGGCCGGAAAGACCUGCAGCACCUGAGCCGGGAGGAGCGGCGGCGCCGGCGGCGCGCCACUGCCAAGUACCGCACGGCCCACGCCACGCGGGAGCGGAUCCGCGUGGAAGCCUUCAACCUGGCCUUCGCCGAGCUGCGCAAGCUGCUGCCCACGCUGCCUCCGGACAAGAAGCUCUCCAAGAUCGAGAUCCUGCGCCUGGCCAUCUGCUACAUCUCCUACCUGAACCACGUGCUGGACGUCUGACUAAGGCUUGCCUCCCGCCCUGGAUUCACCCCUCCUCCCGGGGCCUUUCUGGGGUCCCUUCUGUCGCUCACUGC